AUGCGAUCUCUCGUCCUUUGCAUCUCGUUUGCACUCCAGUGCUUCGUUCUCCAAAGCGCAUCCGAGUAUUCUUCGAAAUCCGAGCUGGAAUACGAAUUCGGUGACUACCGUGGCAAAUUCUGUAUGGACGACCAAGGUUUUGUUUAUAGCAUCGGAGAGGUUUAUUAUCCGACCUCCACAGCGUGUCCCUGCACCUGCACAGAGGAUGGACCCGUGUGUGUCAGACCCAAGUGCCCGCGUAUACACCCGAGAUGCACUCGCAUCACAUACAAGUCCUGCUGCCCCGUGUGUGAAGCUGUCAGUAAAGUUUGUGUGUACGAGGGCAAAACUUACAGAAUGCUGGAGGAAUUUAGGUUGUCACCCUGUGAGCGCUGCCGGUGUGAAGUCAACAGAGAAGUUUACUGCACCAUAUCCGGCUGCCCUGCCUUACAUUGUGUGAAUCCUGUAUACGAACCCAACCAUUGCUGUCCUGUGUGCAAAAAUGGGCCAAACUGCUUUGCUGGAAAUCGCGUGAUCUCGGCAGGAGAACGUGUUGAGAUUGAUGAGCGGACCGUGUGUUUCUGCACUUACCGGGACGGAACGUGGCAGAUGCACCCUCACGCUACCUGUGAGGAGCGCCAACGAGCAGACAAUGAAGCCACUGACUCCGACAACACAUCCAAACAGAUGGAGGAUCAGGAGAUGGAGAAAGAGAAAGAGAAAGAGAGAGUGUUCUCGCCCAGGUUGGAUGCCAUCCCGUGAAGUGAAGUGUGCCUGGCACCAGCUCUCCUGACAGGCAGGAGGGGAUGCAGAGCAUCAUGCAG